AUAUAUAUAUAUAUAUAUAUAUAUAUAUAUAUAUAUGGCCUAAAAUACAUGAUUGAUAUGGACUGGUGAUCCAUUAUGGGAAGCACAACAAUGACCACCAAUUGUAGCAAUUGCAAGACGAGGCUUCCUCAUCUAACCUCUCAUUCAACCUCACCAAUACCCCGUGUUACUCAAUAUCGCUGCUUCUGUGGUUAUGUUAAUCUGAUUGAGACGACCAAGCCAGCUCUUGCCCAGCACCACCACGAAGGUCAGCAGCUGCAGCAUAGCCAUCGGAGACGAGCUUCCAGCUGGAUUAAUUCGCAUAUAAAGGGAUCAUCACCAUCAUCGUCGUCCAAGAACUGUAAACCCCUAUCACCGUCAUCGUCAUCGUCAUCAACCAGCUUAAUAAAAAGCUGUGGCAGAAAGCGCGCACUUCUUUGCGGAGUGACAUACCAGGAGCGCAAGUACAAACUCAAAGGCACUUACAAUGAUGUCAAUAACAUGAAACACUUGUUGAUCAACACCUUUUGUUUUCCACCCGACUGCAUUCGCAUACUAUCAGAAGAAGAAGGGCAACCGAAAGAGCUGACUCCCACAAAGAAGAACAUAGAGAAAUCCCUGAAAUGGCUUGUGGAGGGGUGCCAGGCAGGAGAUUCGUUGGUGUUCUACUUCUCAGGACACGGACUCCGACAGCCCGAUUUCAAAGACGACGAGGUUGACGGGUUCGACGAGACUAUAUGCCCUCUUGAUUUCAUGGAAGAGGGCAUGAUCCUUGACAAUGAUAUCAAUUCAACCAUCGUUCACCCACUCAAGGAGGGCGUCACACUACAUGCUAUCGUUGAUGCUUGUCAUAGUGGAACAAUUCUUGAUCUACUCUACGUCUACGACCAUAAAGGGAACAAGUGGAAGGAUAAUAGUCCUCCUUCUGGUGCUAGGAAAAGUACAAGUGGAGGGUUGGCAAUUUGCAUCAGUGCCUGCGAAGACGAUAAAAUGGCAGCAGAUACAACUGCUUUUGAUCGAAAUGUGAUGAAUGGUGCCAUGACAUACACUCUUAUUGAAAUUAUUAAGAAGCACUCUAGUAAAGGCAUAACGUAUGGAGAACUGCUCGACUUGAUGUUUGAUCAAAUUCAAAGGAUUAAUGGGGAUAGAUGCCUCAACUCCAGAAUCUUGAGAAAAGUUUUUCGACACAAAAUCAUUCAGCAACCUUUAUUGUCAUCGUCCGAAGACUUCGAUGUAUACAAGAAGAAAUUUCUCUUGUAGUAAGAUGUGGGAAAUACUGUAAUGAUGUUCAAUUCAUUUGCAAGAACUUCCGAAUUAUUGUCUAUUGGGUCUAUUUGUUAUACUUCAAGACUAAAGUAGUAAAACAAUGCAUUAUCUCAUUGUUUGGGUUGAGAAGAGAGAGACCCCAAAGUGGGGGCUCAAGGUUUGGGCGGUGUGUCUAGAGGGAGAGAACACUGAAAUUUCGAUUAUGCUAUAGUUAUAUGUAUAGGUCUUGCAGUAAACCUAGAAUUACCGAGAAAGAAGACCGUAGAUUGGGUCUCAUUACCUGUCAAAAUAAACAAGGUCAGAGAGAAGACUGGGAUGUUGGCUUACGCCUACGACUCUCCGAUGCUUAAGUCACAUACUUGUGAAAAUAUUGACAGAAUAAUUGUAAGAGAGAGAUUAAUUGCUUACCAUAAAUAAAAGUAAUUGCAUAUUUAAAUGGUAUGAUUGUGGAUUUGCCU